AGAAAAACGGUUCACAGAGGGAAUUUUUCAAAUCGAGAAGAGGCGCUCUGUGUUCAGCGGAGAGGAGUUCAACAACACAAACAAUGCAGAGACCAAACAAAGGGAAGACUCCUCGGAGACCGGGCCCUAAAAAGGCCUCCAACAUAGAGAAAGAUCCUGUCGGGGUGUACUGUCGAAUACGUCCACUCGGAGCAGAAAAUGAGGAGUGUUGCGUUGAGAUGAUCAGCAGCUCCACCAUACAGCUCCACGCUCCCGAUGGGCUCAAAGCAAACCGCAACGGGGAGUACAAAGAGACACAGUACUCAUUUAAAAAAGUAUUUGGUAUUAAUACCACUCAAAUGGAGCUGUUUGGGGACGUUUCCAAGCCUCUGAUAGAGGACCUUAUUCAUUGUAAAAAUGGGCUGCUGUUUACGUACGGUGUCACUGGAAGCGGUAAGACCUUCACCAUGACCGGCUCACCUGGUGAGGGGGGGCUCCUCCCCCGCUGUCUAGAUAUGCUCUUCAACACCAUCGGCCCCUUUCAGGCCAAAAGAUUUGUGUUUAAACCGGAUGAAAAAAACGGGAUGGAGAUCCAGGGUCAAGUUGAUGCUCUCCUGGAGAGACAGAAGCGAGACAGUCAGCCGUCGGUGCCCAAAACGCCAUCCUCCAGGCAGAGGGCCGACCCGGAGUUUGCGGAUAUGAUCAGCUCAGAGGAGGCGUGCAAAGCCGACAAUGUGGACGAAGACUGUUGUUACAGCGUUUUCGUGUCCUACAUCGAGAUCUACAACAACUAUAUCUACGAUCUCCUCGAAGAUGCUCCGUUCGACCCUAUCCGUUCAAAACCGCCUCAAUCCAAGAUUCUCCGAGAAGAUCAGAACCACAACAUGUACGUGGCGGGCUGCACAGAAGUGGAGGUCAAAUCGACGGAGGAGGCCUUUGAAAUCUUUUGGAAAGGACAGAAGAAAAGGCGCAUAGCAAACACUGAGCUUAACCGAGAAUCCAGCCGCUCCCACAGCGUGUUCACGGUGAAGUUGGCCCAGGCGCCGCUCGAUGCGGACGGGGACCACAUUCUGCAGGACAAAAACCAGGUGAGCGUGAGCCAGCUGUGUCUGGUGGACCUGGCCGGCAGCGAACGCACCAGCAGAACCAGAGCGGAGGGAAACCGUCUCCGCGAAGCAGGCAACAUCAACCAGUCCUUGAUGACACUGCGCACAUGCAUGGAAGUCCUGCGUGAAAACCAGAUGUGUGGAACUAAUAAGAUGGUGCCAUACAGGGACUCUAAAGUCACACAUCUGUUUAAAAACUACUUUGACGGAGAAGGAAAAGUCAGGAUGAUUGUGUGCGUCAACCCAAAGGCCGACGACUAUGAAGAAACUAUGCUGGUAAUGCGAUUUGCGGAGAUGACCCAGGAGGUGGAGGUGGCGCGGCCCAUUGACCGGCCGAUCUACGGCCUGGCUGCAGGUCGCAGACACCGAGCCCGGGCCUUCAAGGACGAGCUGUCGCAGCGUCUGGAAGAGCGAGGCCGUCCAAGCAGUGCCGUAGACGACCCGGCUCUCAUGAAUCAGCUGGUGGAAAGCCUUCCGGCUCUGCCUCACUUUGAGCUGCUGGACCCGGCCGACGAUCAGUCGCUGCCUCGCCUCAUCGAGAUCCUGGAACGGAGGCUUCGUGUCCGUCAGAUGAUGUCGGAGCAAUUCGACAAAACCGCCACCACGCUGAGGUCUAUGGUUCAGCAGUUUGACGGUCAGUUAAAUGCGAAAGAGACGUUCCUCCAAGAUCAACGGUGCAAACUGAGCGAGAAAGAAAAGAUCAUCAUCAGCCAGAAGACGGAGCUGGAACGAUUAGAGAAAAAAUCCAAGACGCUGGAAUACAAGGUGGACAUCCUGCAGAAGACCACGGACAUGUACGAGCAGGACAAGCGAUCGCUUCGGAACGAGCUAGAGACGCGAGAGCAGCGGCUGCAGAGGGAGCAGGCGGAGAGGAGGCGCAUGGAGCAGCGCAUGCAGGGCAUGGUGACCGACACCAAGCACAAGUGGGAGAAGGAGUGUGAGAGAAGAGUGAACGCCAAGCAGCUGGAGAUGCAAAACAAGUUGUGGGUGAAGGAUGAAAAGCUGAAGCAGCUGAAGGCCAUCGUGUCGGAGAGCAGCAGCGGAGCAGGAGGAGGAGCAGCAGCAGCAGCAGGAGGAGGAGGAGGAGGUUUCCCCCCCGAGCGUCCAGACAAACCCGAGAGGCCUUCGAGGGAGAGAGAUCACAACACGGGGAGGUCCGCCUCGCCGUCACCGCUUCACGAACUCAACCACACUCCCUCCCACCGAACCCGGGGUAAUGUUAGGGCCGAUCAGGACGCUCACCCAGACACCUCUUCCUCCUCCUCCACCACCUCCUCAGCUUAUCCCUCGGUAGCCUCGUGCAUCUCUGAUUGGGAGCACAGGUUCCCCGUAACCGCGGCCAGCCACGCUAUGCACUCUGGGACUCCCCCGUGCACGAGCCGGACGCCGGCCGCGUGCCGCGGUGCCAGCAGCGUGGGGCGCAGGAGAGGCCACCGCUGGGCCGCGGAGACCGAGGCCGCCGCGCCGACCGUCUAUGGGCUAGACCUUGAGCCAGGCACAAGGGCGGCCGCUCCGGUCCGCCCGACGCACCGGCGCUCUCACUCUGCGGGUGGGGAGAAAUGGGUAGACCACAAACCACCUUCUAAUUUGGACCUAGACACGAUCUUGCAGCCAAUCUUGCCCAAUGCAAUCAGGGUGUCGACCCCGAAUGAGAAAGCUCUGUCCAAAUGCCACAAGUAUGUGCUGAGACAUCAAGAGCUUGCCUCAGACGGGGAGAUCGAGACCAAGUUGAUCAAGGGCAACGUUUUUAAGACGAGAGGCGGAGGACAGGCGGUGCAGUUCACUGACACAGAGACGCUAAAACAAGAGUGGCCAUUAGCAUCAAGUCGCAAGCGGCGUUCAGGCUCUGGAGAAGGAGCCUCACAGAUGGAGGACAUAGAAAACAGGGCUCCAGUUGCAAGCACAAGCUCAGGCUUUGGAUAUCAAAAACGCAGGAAGCCUUAUUAAGCCGUCGGGCAGAUGAAGAGACUUUGUCCUUGAACAGCAAACGCACCGCAGUGAAACUAUGCAGCUGAGGCUUUUUGAUUAGGAGUAAUUCUACUUUGAUCAUAGCCUUUAGAAUGUGUCAAUGGUAGGUGUGAUUUGUGGCAUUAAUGUGUUUUUUUUUUUUUUUUUUUUAAUGCUGAGCCUCUUACGGAUGGGCACAUUCAGUUGCCAAAUAUGAAUAUGUCAUGAUUCAUUUAAUGCUUUUUGAUUGAUCUUUCGCUUCCUUUCUACCGUUACCCAAAGAAAAUAAGAUUUGAGCUUCUGAACAACAGACCAUUUUUAUUUUUUAUUUAUAUGGUCAUUGCUUGCCUUUUUUGGUUUUGUUUUUCAUUUAUUGGAUGUUAAAAUUUAUAUACAACUGACAACAAAAAAUAGAGCUGAUUUAAGCAGUUGUUUUAGGAUGCCCUUGUCACCUGUACAUAUAAAGCUGUUAAGUAGAUUUUUGCUAAAAAUCAAUCUUGGACUGACUGUAAAUAUAUUAUGAAGUUUUUUACUUCUGUUUAUUGAAACAGCUCUUCCUGAGACGUGUAACAUGCUCUUUUUGUUGGCAUUAAAUGUAUUCCAACCCGACCUGUUUCAACUAAUGAAGGCUGCCUGGUUUUAAGGCA